AUUUCAAAAUGGCGGCAUGAAUUCACGCAUUUUUUUACUUUUUUCUCUUUAUUUUUCCCAAGGCCUUCCGUUCGGCUUUCAAACAAGCUUGUUACCAAUAUGGUUGCGGACCAGGAAUGUGUCUCUCUCGAAGGUCAGUUUUUCACGGCUUCUCAGCUUACCUUGGCUUUUAAAAAUCGUAUUUUCUCCCUCCGUGGACAGACUUAGUUCCCUAUGGUCAUGGUUGGGGUGUACGUUUUUAGCGAUGUCGGCGAUCUUUGUGGUGCCGGCGUUCCUAGGUGUAGACAAUACAUCGGUUGUUGUUGGUGCUGUCCUGGGGCUCAAUGCAAUGGCUGCUCUACAGGAUAUUGCCGUUGAUGCGAUGGCGAUUAAAGUGUUGAAAAGCAGUGAACUCGGGCUAGGGAACAUUGCUCAAGUAGUUGGCUAUAAACUAGGAGCUCUUGCAGGUGGGGGUGUACUUAUAUGGAUGUCUACAUUUAUCACUUGGGAAAAACUGUUUGCAGUUAUUGCUAUCUGGUAUGGAUUAAAUGGUUUGAGUGCAUUGCAGUCACACAUCAAAUCUGACAAACAAAAGACAAGAAGUAGAGACAUUACAGAGAGCAGUGAAAGUAAAGACAUUUCUCAAUCAAACAUUACAAAGGCGAAUGUUAUGGAACUUAUGAAAACCAAGGAUUUUAAAUGGAUAUUGCUGUACGUUGGUGUUUAUAAAGCAGGAGAGCAGGGAAUGGUUACCAUGAUGCCCUUGUAUUUACUGGACUCCAGUGUUACAGCAACUGAUGUAGGAUUGAUUACUGGGCUAUACACCCAAUUAUUCUCAGUUUUCGGGUCUUCAAUUGGUGGUUACCUAGCAACCAGAUGGAAUACCAGCAGUAUUGGGCUGGCGCAACUUCUGUACCUUAUGUGUCUAGUGAGGGUUAUCCCAAUGGGUGUACACUGUGUUAAUGCAUGGUAUGGACAAUACACCAUUCUACUGAUCAUCACAGAGUGUGCCUUGCAGCUUGUUGGUGGAGCAAUCACCACGGCAACAUUUACAUUGAUGAUGCAACAUACAAUGGAGACUGCCAAUCAAGCCCAGGCAACCCAUUUCACUGCACUAGCCACUGUAGAGCUACUAGGCAAACUUACAAUGAUGUCAGUUUCUGGGAUGGUAGUGGAAGUUUUUGGGUACCAAGUGUUCUUUUCAUUAUGUGUAUUGUUUGCUCUGUUGGUUGUGGUUGCACUUAGAUCUUGGAUAAAUAAUACCGAACAAAUACUAACAAAAAAUAAAAGGUUCUAACGAAAAUAAACUCUUAACGUUUUAUUUUAUUCCAUUUGAGCCAAAAUAAACAGCAAAGAAGAAUAUCACAAAACCACGGAUCUGCAUUUCUUUUUCUUCUUCCUUUGCUUAUGUUUUCCAUUUUGCUUUGCCUUGUCUGUUGUCUGUUUGUCAUUGCAUUUCAUUUUGAUUGGUCCUUGUUUAUCACUAUCUUUACCAUGGCCCUCUUCUUGUUUUUUAUUCCUUUUCCUUUUCCUUGCUUUCUUAGUCUUAUGACAGGCAUCUGCAGUAAUGUUUCCACUGAGGCCCUCUGUUAUUACCUUUGUACCUCCCUGUGUUUUCGUGCUAGUAGAACCCCCUUUGCAUUCAGUCCUUUGAAAUAAUGCAACAAAGAACCCAUUUGUGUGGUCACUCUCUGGCGAAGCUCGCAGGCACUUCUCAGCUAAAAGACAAAGACGUUGUUGUUGAGAAACAUUUUGGCCUUAUUAUUAAAUUUAGCUCCUAAGAAUACAUUAUCAUUAGAAAAUAUUAUCUUGUGCCCACUGAAACACAACCUCCAUUUCAAAAUGAAAAAUGUAUGUAGUCAAUGACUACCUUGUGAAUUAGUGCUAAAGUGUAGAAUGUCACAUACAGUAAGAAAAAAUAUAUAUAAUGUAAAAAAAAAAUCAGUAAAAAGAGUUUUAGCAUCCUAAAAUAAACUCAUGCUAAAUAUCAAAAAAAUCAUUGUCAUCACCCAAAGAAUUACUGUUUGAAACAUUGUAAGCUCCAAAAUAGAGACAGAUUUAUUUAUAGAAAGCAGAAGUCUGGUUUGAAAAUAAUAAUAAUAAUAAUAAUAAUAAUAAUAAUAAUAAUAAUAAUAAUAAUAAUAAUAAUAAUAAUAAUAAUAAUAAUAAUAAUAAUAAUAAUAAUAAUAAUAAUACACCUCGCCAGCUGAUGACAUUAUGUGUAGAUUGUGCGGUACAACUGCAGAGAGCUUGGCCCAUGUUCUUGUGGGCUGCCCAGCUCUCGCCAAAAGCAAGUACCUAGCACGACAUAACGCAGCACUACAGAUCCUCUUCUUUGAGAAGAUAAAAGAUCUGAAGCUGAUAGAAGCAACUCCUCCAUGGUACUCUACUAUGGUACCGAAGCCCACCUACGAAUCCCAGGAUGCCAAGGCAUUCUGGAACGUCCCAAUGUUUGCAGAACACACUCAUGUACGACAGAACAGGAUUGACGCCCGCAUUACAGACAAUAAGCCAAAAGAAAUUCUAGCGAUUGAGAUGGCAUGCCCGUGGAUGGAGAACA